AUGGAGGAAGGAAAGACAAAGUGCCACAUCAAACUAAAAAAGAGCGACCAGAAUAGUGGCAGCAGGAAAAGAAAGACACUAGAUGUAUUUGAAGGGUCACAUUAUAGCCAUGACGAGGAGAAUAAUAAAAAUGAGCCUGAGGAAAGGGCAGCUAGAAAAGCACAAAAAAUUAGGGGCAUAAAAAAUGGAGAAAUUAUAGCGGAGCCAAGUAACGACCUGGAGAAAGAAGCCAAUUCUGCAACAUCCGAUUUUAUUCGUUCCUUACAGGAAAAGCUUGAGCGAGUUCAAAGUAAGAAGAAAAUUGUUUAUUUGAAUUUUCCAAAAAAAGUGGGAUCCGGGUUAAGUAAUAAACAGUCUGAUGAGGAAUAUAUCCGAGGCAAACCUUCGGAUGGACCUAACGAGCUGUCAGGAGGUUCCGCGGAUGGAAAUAACAGAAAUGAUGAUUCGCACGAAAAGGAAGACUUAGCAGGAUUAGCAAAAGAUGAUGAUCUAGCAACUGGCGGCGAAUUAGAAGCAGAUACUGAUUUAGGAGCGGAUGACCGAUUAGUAGAUGACGCCGAACUGACGGCCGAGUUCCACCUGAACAGAAACGAGCAAGACAAAUCGCACAAAUACCAUAUCUCGGAGAAGAGCCUAACAUAUAAGAGGAAACUCUUCCUGGAAAAAUUCAACAAAAAUCAGAAGGAAUCCAUUUUUAAAAAUGAAAUGAACAUGUACACAGAUUUUGAUGACCAUCACAUCCAAGUGGAAAAUUACGGGAAACGUAUUUUGAAAAAAAUGGGGUUUAACGAAGAGGUUUACAAUAAGUAUAUAAAUCAGUACUACCAGGAACGGAGCGACAAGAACUACUUUGACAAGAUAUAUGACUCGUUCCAGGCUAGGGAGUUUCGGUUUACGGGUGUGGGUGCAGAGGAGGAGAUGAGGGAGAAUAUGCAGCGAAUUCGGGAUGGGGAAAGGGGCAGAAAUAGGAGCGCAGGUAGAAACAGGAGCGGAAGUGGGAGCCAAGAUGAAGAAGACAACAGAGAGAGGAGAAAGAAAAGGCGAAACGGAGAAAAAGAACGAGGUGAUAAGCCUGAGGACAACGCCCAGAGGAGCAGUGGUAAAUCGGAACACGGAGAAGAAGCCACAUGCGCAGAACCCAGCCCCAGUGACAAGACGGAUAACCUAUUCGAAGGAUUAAUUGUGAAAAUAAAUUUAAAGACACAUGAAUUUUACAAACGGAAAGGGGUUAUAGUUUACACGAAAAGGAGAAGAAAAAGGAAGACGAAGACGAAGGACAGGAACAUGAAGGAGACCGAAGAAUCCAGUUGCAUGCUGGGGUUAUUACUUUUUAAGAACCAUAAAUAUAUCCACCUUUACAAAGAAAUGGUGAAGAAAAAGAUAAAGGACUACCUGUCGUGGAAAGCAGGAGAUUAUCACAGUGGAGAUGACUCCAGUGUAGACAGCCACGAAAAUGAAAAGAAAAAAUUUUGGAAAAUUUUCCUUAAAGAACUAAUAAAGAAGGUGAAACAUGAUAGGGACGAUGAUGGUGGGGUGAGAAAUAAUGAAUCGAAAGAACCAUUUCACCUUACCGAAGUGAAGUCCAAGUAUGUCGAAACGAGCAUCAGUGAGGACACGGUCAAAUGCAAGGUUGUCGGGAGAGGUAUCCACCUAUCCAAGGGAGACAUGUCUUUGUAUAAACAAACUGUCAAGCUGAAAAAAAUCAAGGGUGAUCACGCGCACGUCCAAGUCCAGGAUGGACACCUUUUGAAGCUAUCCCUGGAUGAUAUUUGUCAAUACAUAAAUCAUGUGUGA